AGGGGGAGGGGGGGGGGGGGGUGGGGAAGAUGAGCGGGAGCGCGUUCAAGGCGUUCAAGUCGCGGGUGGAGGUGGCGUGGAGCCCCAAGCUGGUGCGGGGCCUCCCAGGUACGCGCCGCCUCCACCGCCACACGCUUGAGGCCAUGAGCCUCCGCCGCUGCCACCGCACCGUCGAGCACCGCACCACGCCCUCCCUGCUCGGCAUGCUCACCCAGGUCAAGUGCCUCGUCGUCGUCGAGACCCAGGAGAUGUACGCCGCGCGGAGGCAGGCCGAGGAGGACCGACGCGCCCCCAGGCCCCCGCUCAUCGUCUCCCACACCCGCCGCCGCCGCGGGGAGCGCCCGCCGCAGAGGCGCACUAGACUCAAGAAGUAACUUCCUGGAGCCUCUAGUUUUUCUUUCCCCCACAUAGUGAUUCGAUCUGCGUGAUUGAUUGGUUCUCCUUGCACGUUAGCUGUUUGACGUAAUGCCCCAUAAGAAAGAGUGUUCCUUUUGCUUCUGUGCCUGGAAAUGUUCAUCUGAUUGUGGAUGUAACGUACAUAUUCCUCACAUUGUUAUUUGUUGUGCUUGCUUUCGUUCUUUACACGUUAGUUGUGUGAACAAAAUAAAUUGUGCACUUUUCCGUUGCAUCUGUUUGAGCUGGAAAUGUUGACCUGCUUGUGGAUGUAAUCCA